UUAAUUCUUGUUUUUGUCACACUGACAGAAUUUCAUCUCUGAUACAACGCGGCCAAGAUGCCGCUAAUAAUAAUGUGUGGUUUUCCGUGUAGUGGCAAAACACGAAGAGCAGUAGAAUUAAAGGAAUACUUCGAACAGAAUACAGGAAAAAGUGUUCACAUUGUAGGAGAUAGAACGUUGGGAAUUGAGAAGAACGCGGUAUACUCAGAUUCACAGAUUGAAAAAAAAGUGAGAGGAUCUUUAAGAGCUGAAGCAGAGAGGAGAGUCAAUAAAGAGGACAUAGUGAUUCUGGAUUCAUUGAACUACAUCAAAGGUUACAGAUAUGAACUUUUUUGUCUGAUCAAACACAUACAGACGCCUCAUUGUCUGGUUUAUUGUUUGACAUCAGCCGAAGUGAGCUCAACUUGGAAUACACAAAGGAAUGCUGAAGAGCAGUACACCCAGGAUAUCGUAGAUGCACUGGUUCUCAGAUUUGAACCUCCGGACUCCAGGAACCGAUGGGACAGCCCACUUUUCACCAUUCAAAAAGAAGAUACACUUCCAUUUGAAGCCAUAUCUGAUGCUAUCUUCAAAAGAAAACCCCCCCCUCCUAACCAGUCGACACAAAGUCAACCACUUUCAUCUACUAACUUCUUGUAUGAGCUGGACAAAGUCACACAAGAUGUGUUAAUGGCGAUUCUGAACUACCAGAAGACAAGUGUUGCAGGAGAUUUUAUUGCUGUUCCAGGAGCUACAGAAAAGAUAGAACUAACCAGAAGUCUGAACAUGGCAGAGCUCCGGAAACUACGACGCCAGUUCAUCAGCUACACCAAGAUGCACCCAACUGAGAACAUUGGACACAUUGCUAACAUGUUUAUACAGUAUAUAAACAAGAGUAUUCAUUAAAAAGUUCUUAUUAAAAAAAAAGCGUUUUAGUUCAAGACUGUUAUUCGAAAUGCCUUGUAUGUUUAUAUUGUCUCAGUAAUUUUGAUGGAUCUUGGCAGAUAACACUGUAGCCGAUAUAGCCUAUGAGUUAACAGUUGCAGAUUAAGACGCUGAUAAAUAUCUAUCUUGGAAUGUAGAGGCUGUACACAUUCUGUAAAUGACAUCAGAAUUCCGUUUCUGCUUUAAUGUUGGCAGAUGUUCUAAAUGCUAAUUUGGUUUAUUUUGCACAAGUUUUGUGUGAAUGAGUGAGACUAAGUCUUAAGUGUGUUGUGAAAAGUUUGAUGUUUAGAACUGUGAUAAAUACCACAAAUUUCAUACCAAAAAAAACAUGAGUCUAAAUGUGCAUGUAACAUUUCAGUAUUGUUCAACUCGUUCACAUGAUGCUGAUGAAUGUCCUGUACCAUUUUGAUGGGCACUAGACAGGAGAGGAUCCUGAUCAUGACCAAGUUCCAUCUCACAAGAAUGCAUUGUUGAGGAACUGUUGAGGUUGUCAGUGUACACAUUUAGACCAGUCCAUGUCACCCUAUGGGUACCGGUAUACUCUACAGUGGCUUUGGGAAGUAUUCAGACCCCUUCACUUUCUACACAUUGUUAUAAACAGAAUUUUAAAAAAGUCCUGUCUCAGAGUCUGGCCAACUUGCCAUCAUUGAAUCAACUUGGAUUCUUGAUGAGAAUGAGGGAGAAAAAGUAAAUCCCAAUAAGCCCAGCUCCCAAAUUAGUAGAGUCCAUGCAAGAUAGUCCUCAAACAUGAUACAGUUGAAGAACUACUGUAGUGCAGUAUUUCUCUGUUGAUGUAGGAGACUGAGACAGUUAUAAGAAACAGCUUCAUGAAGUUAUUUCAACCAAAGGGUUCCGCACCAGCUGUUGAAGCAAUGGGUGUACUUUUCUUGCAUUUUCUGUAGAUGUUCACUGUUUUUCUUUAAGCACCUCUGUGAAUUUUGCUUUGUUCAUCCUUCACUGUCAGCAGGACAAUAAUCAACAAGGACAAAUCUAAACUUCAGUUAAUAACCAGGAAUAGUUGACACAAACAGUCCUGUCUACAGAAAUAAAUGACUGAAAAGAGCAUUAUUUUGCCACAGAGGAUAAAGUUGUACAGGAGAGAAUACAGUAAAAUAAGCUUUAUUUAUUUUGUAUCACAGACAGGAAAUAUCAAACAGCUGAUUUUUAAAGGUGUGAUUGCCAAUAUGGCUUUCAAUGCACAGCAAACAGCAACUAAAAGACCUUUUGGAAUAUUUCAAACUAUAAAUGCUGUAAAAACAGUUCGGAAGAAUUUGUCACUGGAAAGUAUGUGGACUUAUUUGACUUCAAUAUUGGGUAUGCCGUGUUUUAUCCUUUUGUGGUAGGCCUGUUAAAGAGUAUUCCAAUGUCUGUAGUCAUGUAAAAUGACAGAAUUGCAUGCAUGACUUUAGAAAAAGCAGCCCAUAUUGAUGAUAUUUAUGUAAUGCUCUAAAGAUCCUUCUUGCUGCCCCAACAAGAAAAGUAAUCAAUUUUAACAGAUUAAAUUAACAUGACAAUAACCAUUGAAUUUAUUAGACAAAGAAUUAAGCAUUGAUAAAAUUGUUGCUAUUGAAUCACAUAUAGAGCAAGCCUAACACCCAGUCAUCAGUGUCUUGAGACAUCUCAAGUCAUGGCAAUGGCUGGGUUUGAAAAACAAACCACUGCUAGGUUAGCAUAUAGUCCAUAUUCUUUUUUAUUUCUUCUCACUAGUUGCUUUCCGUGAUAUGGUUUUGUUUGAGUUGGAAUAUUUGUGUUUAUCAUUUCUGUAAAUGAGAGAAAAACAUAUGAAUGCACAAAUUCUUUGUAUUUGAGUUUUAAAGUAACAUGACAUGUUUAGACAAAUACAGUGUGAAUGUGUAAAUUCAGAAUAGUACCUGCUCAUUUUGACUUUACUCCUGCAGCCUAGUCCUCCCUCCCAGUGACUGGUGAAGGCUCCUCUCGUCAUCAUGUUGCCACAGCUGACACACGACUUCCCAUUGCUGUACAGCUGCAGGCACAAAUAGCAACAGAUUGAGGGAUGGAAUCUGGCCUACAGAAGACCCCAUGACAACAGGAUGUCCCACCUGCUCUUUACAGCAGUGUCCACAGAUCAUCCUGGUGGCCAACUCCAUGGGGUGGUCCUGGUCCAUGUCGUGACAGACGUCACAGGGGUAGGCCCGGCCACAGCACGGGAACCUGAGAGCACAGCCAUCAGAUGUCACUCACAAGAAGAGUCCACGUUAGCACAUUUAACACAACGUUAAAAGGAACUGGGUGUCUGGGAACCUGAGCCAGCGAUGACUCUGUCUGUAAUGUUUGCAGGCUCCCUUCUCAGGAAGGGCUUUCCCCAGCUGUAUUGCAGGGUCCCUGAUGUUCCGCCGAUAGGUCCAUGACGAGUCGCUGUGACCUGUGCAGGACAGACAACUACAUUUCACACGUCAUAGCCGAAACAGAUGUUUAAAUUAGUUGCGUGGUUCAUCAUUAAAAUCCCACAAUAGGCUUUAUUUCUGACCUGUUUUAACUUCACGUGGCUUUAUGUACUGGAAUCGUGUGCUGUCAACCAGAAUGCUUAGUUUGCUGUGGCAAUGUUGGCAGUUGAACUCCUUGCUUUGGCCAUAUGAAAGGUUCUGAAGACAAAACAUCAUUAAAAAACAAACAAGCAACUGACUGUCUUAGAUUAGGUUCAACCAGAUAAAAAUAAUUUUGAGUCUAAGAUCUCUACAGCCAUCUCAGUCACCU